AUGAAGGGCCUCUGGCUGCCGACAUUAUGGGCUCUCCUUGUGCUGGUCCUGGGCUUUGGCCAAAGCCUGCCCUCGGCUGAGGUCAUUCACAGCAUGGGCAAACGUGGCGUGGCAGUAAGCAAACCGGCACCUGAUCCCGAACAACCAACGACCGUCUGGCGUGGUGAAAAGUUUCGGACUCCUCAGGAGGUUGAAGCCGCUGGCGGCAUGUUCUCUCGAGGCCUUGAAAAACAGCGAAGAGGUGAAACCCUUACGAAGGAAGAAAUUGAGAGUGGCAGCAGCUUGUAUGAGCAUGCCAAGGGCAACAGAAUAGCAAACUCGCAAUAUGUGUCGACGGCUUCAGAUCCGGCCCUGGGGUUGCGGUUCGGUCGCGGUGGGGAUCAAAACGGCGAGUCAAACGGAUACCUCUAUCGCAUACACGCCGAUACAAAAGCCAUCGACGUGGAUGCGUCCUUGGGCGGUACAGCCCUACAAAGGCCAAACAGAGCAUGCAUUCAUAGGGGCAUCCCAUUCGACCAAAUCGAAGGCUGGUACGAAUUGAAGGGGAUCAAAGACACAGACAGCCCCAAGUUUAACGAAGAAAAGUAUCGCAAUCAGAAAGGAAGCGGAGCACAGCCUCAGAUCGCCGGGUUUCCUGAGACCUCUGACGCAUGGAAGGAAAAGCCGUGGAACCAAUACAAGGACCAGAAAGUGUUAGAUAAUCUGGGCAAUUUCUAUUGGAACAAGGUAUGUGGAGGCACAAGCUGCAACAAAGACUUCCAGCCUCUCGUUUCUCAGCCGCUGCCCCAACCAGAUGCAGGCAAAGAUGGGUCGUCGGGUCCAAAUGAGAAUGGGGAACCGCUGUGCAAGCGCAGCAAUGGAUGCAGAAAUGGUGCAGAACCGGCCAACAAGAACCAAGAGGCCAACAAGAACAACGGCGAAAAGACAACGGGACCCCCGGCCGACAACAAACCCCCAGCCAACAACAAACCGCAGCCGCAGCCCGAUAUAAACCAACAGGGGAAUACCGGAAAGCCCGGUCCCGAGCCAGAUUCCGAACCGGUCAAGAACCGUCCGCAAAAGCUCUGA